AUGAGCACACAGGGAAUCAACAACAUUCAAUAUGUUUAUACCGUAUGGCAAGCACUGAAUCGGCAAGCUCCCACCAUUGACAACAUCGUAUUUGACGGCCGUACAGCCGUGAUCCAUCUCACACAGAACCUGUCACCAAGCAUGUUUCCAGCAUUCGUGAAGCUCCAGGUACCAGCCAUUACGACGCUUCAUUUUAGUGAAACGGAACGGGACAGUGGGUUGUUGAAAAUCUAUCGACAAGAAGACAGUUGGACGCUUGAAGGCCUUAUUCAAUCUGUGCCACUGAUCUCAUUCUGGUACAACCACAUCCUUCGGGUGGUCAUGGGCAAACUGGUGACAGCAACAGGCGAUCUUUUGGAUGCAGCCCUACGUCAUGCUCACAAGAUGUCAGUGCGUGGUCGAGAAAUCCAACACCGGAGUCGUGAUCUUGCCAUCGAAAACAUGGAGAAGCUUGAUGAAUACAGAGCAAGCCUGCAUGAUAAUUAUCUGGAAGGUAUCCGGGGCUGGCGAGAGAAUUACAUUGUCGAGGAAGAC